UCGAUCGUGUGCCGAGACUCCGAGAGGUGCUGACGAAUAGACACAGAGAGCGCGACAGAGAUAGAGAGAGAGAGAGAGAGAAAUCAGUGUACAGGGAUGCUGAGAAGAGUGGACGCCAACUGAUAUCCAUCGGCUGCUAGUGCAACGGCAGUUUCAAGGAGGAUGCGCUGCGACCUCGCGCUCCUCCUCCUCUCGCUUCUCGGCUCGUUUGUCGACGGUUUUCACCCGGAGAUAAAAAGCUUCGAGGCGAAUCCCGAUGCGAAGCGGCUGUACGAUGAUUUAUUGUCCAAUUACAAUAGGCUCAUCCGGCCGGUGGUUAACAAUACCGAAACGCUCACGGUAUGGCUGAAUCUCAAAUUAUCUCAGCUAAUUGAAAUGAAUCUGAAGAACCAAGUUAUGACAACGAACGUUUGGGUGGAGCAGAAAUGGUUCGAUUACAAGCUGCGCUGGGAGCCGGAGGAGUACGGCGGUGUCGAGAUGCUGUACGUGCCCUCGGAAAACAUAUGGUUGCCCGACAUCGUCAUGUACAACAACUGGGACGGCAACUACGAGGUGACGCUGAUGACCAAGGCCACGCUCAAGUACACGGGCGAGGUAUUCUGGACGCCGCCGGCAAUCUACAAGUCCUCGUGCGAGAUCAACGUCGAAUAUUUCCCGUUCGACGAGCAGUCUUGCAACAUGAAGUUCGGCUCGUGGACCUACAACGGCGCACAGGUGGAUUUGAAACACAUGGACCAACAGCAGGGGAGCAAUUUAGUCGCCAGGGGAAUUGAUUUGAGCGAGUUCUACUUGUCCGUCGAGUGGGACAUACUGGAGGUGCCUGCGUCCAGGAACGAAGAAUAUUAUCCUUGCUGCAAGGAACCUUAUUCCGAUAUUACGUUUAAUAUUAAAAUGAGGAGGAAGACGCUGUUUUAUACGGUCAAUCUGAUAAUACCUUGCGUUGGUAUUACUUUCCUAACGGUUUUGGUGUUCUACCUGCCGAGCGACUCGGGCGAAAAGGUCUCACUGUGUUCCUCGAUUCUUCUGUCGCUGACUGUGUUUUUCUUGCUAUUGGCAGAGAUCAUCCCGCCGACUUCGCUUGCCGUGCCGCUCCUCGGCAAAUACCUUUUGUUUACCAUGCUCCUCGUCACGCUUUCCAUAUGGAUCACCGUCUGCGUGCUCAACGUCUACUUCCGAUCCCCGUCAACGCACAACAUGUCGCCCUGGGUCAAAUCCAUCUUUUUGCACUGGAUGCCGAAGAUGCUGAUGAUGCGUCGAACCCCGUACGCCACGCCCGAAUACGACGACACUUACUUGGACAGUGGCUACACCAACGAAAUGGACUUUAGUUUCCGCGACAGCAUAAGCGACUACCCGUCCGAGUCGAAGGAGAGCCCAAAUGGCUUCGAGAGCGUCACGAAUGCCUACAAAAACAUGCGCGACGAGGACUCCCGCCACACUCCGUACGCCUCCGUGACCGACAGCGAGAAUAUGUGGCCAAGAAAUCUGUCGCCCGAAAUUAUCACAGCUCUAGAAGGAGUCCGAUUCAUUGCUCAACAUAUCAAAGAUGCGGACAAAGAUAACGAGAUCAUCGAAGAUUGGAAAUUUGUAGCGAUGGUAUUGGAUCGGUUCUUUCUGUGGGUUUUCACGCUGGCGUGUAUUGUAGGAACUGCAGGAAUUAUUUGCCAAGCUCCAAGUCUCUACGACACCCGCGAGCCUCUAGAUCGGCAAUUGUCAAGUAUCCCUUUUCGAAGGGGUAACUACAUGCUUCCACCCCAGCCUUUUUUCAACGACGAUUAA